UAUCUUUUGUCUAUUCUUAAAAUGGCAGAAUAGGAUUGACAAGUCGUGGGAUUUUCAUAAUUUAUUUUUGGGUACAAUAAUUAUUACUGCCUGUGUAUUUUUUUAGUUACAUUCUGUAUUUUAUUGUUUGUUCGUAACAAUCUUAGUGACGGUCAAGUGAUCACAAAUAAGUGCGUAAUUUCAUCACAAGCGUAUGUUGCAAUUUUACGAAAUACAGUUUUGGUAUGAUAACAAAAGAUAUAAAAAUUCAGCCUCGCCUCGUUAUGUGUUCUUUUUCGUCUUAUGAGUUCUUCGAAGAUUAGGGACUCGCGAAUACUAACAGCCUUAAAAGCUCGGGUAUGUAUACGUAACUGUCCAGAUUUGUGAUUUUUGGGAUUGUGACGUCACAAAAUAGACAAGACGCUAUUUACAGUCUAAAUCGAGUGAUAAAAUGUUUGUCCGUCUUCACCGGUGAAAAAGAAAAAAGGGCGGAGCUCCGGCGGAGUGACAAUUCGCGGCGAAGCGGUGGGCCUCCGCUAGGAUGGGCGGCGAUGUCUGCCCCCUCUGAGAGCGCUGCGAGCCCUGCACCGUGCGCAUGCACCAAUAUAUCGCUUAUGCAAUUGUUCCAUGAGCUGAAACAGAAAUUUCCCGGCGUUCCUGAUCAUGUUGUGUCCAAUACGAUCGAGUUAUACUGUCACGACAAACAAGCCUGCGAGACCCACCUGCAUAGCGAAGUCAAGGCCUCCCUAACACACGCAUACCAUGCCUCUUCCUCGGCCGCGGCGCGCAAACACCAGCUCAGGCUCAACCCACCACUCAAGUGCCGAAACCAAGCCAUCAUCAAGCACGAGGUGGCUAAAUCAACAGCUGUAAAGUCUAUUACUUGCCAAGGCCCACAGAAAGCUAUACUGAGCACGGCCGAUGUCAACACUGAAAAGGAAAACAAACCAAACACAGAUGCCAAUCAAAACAUUGUUGAGGCAAAGAAUGAUGAGGUUACCAAGAACAAUAACACACCUACAUCUCCAGUCACUGUUAUAAACAUUGACAAUUGUUUUGCUAAAUACAGUGUUGAGUCUCCAAGUGAUAUAGAAUUGACCAAUGAAAAUGUAAAAGAGGAGGAACCAGCAAAUACAGAAAACCACGAAGAACUUUUCUCUUCGCCUGAAAACAAUAAAGAAGAAAGAAAAGAUUUGGAACAAUCAGAAAGCACUAACUACAAGAUUCUGAAAAGUAGUAAGAUUAAAAGUAAUUUAAAUGAAAGGCUUGAGAAGUCUAGAGAGAAAAAAACUAUAAAGAAAGAAGAGAAACAGCCACAGGAGAAACCUAAAAGACCAAGCACACUCGACUUUAUUAAACCAAAUCCAGAUAUUGCAUUUAAACAGACAUUGAAGGAGCCAGAAGCAGAGACUUGUCGGACCGUGUCCCCUGUGCCAUCCCUCCCAAAAAAUGAAAACCAGCCUAUGCAAGGAGCUAAGCCUAACACAUCUUUUAGGUCGGAAAGGGGAUACCCUUUAAAUUUUUCGGUAAAUGUGAAUUGUCAUAUGGACUUGUGUCGUGGUUAUGGUGAUCCUUGGUUAGAGGAUUACGAGAGACCUAGAGCGAUCACAUCGGUGAACUUGACAGUUUGCACGCCGACGUCGAACAUGGCGAGUCCUGUGCGGGAGUCGCGCGAAGAUGAGGGCGGGUUCGAGGGACACGUGACGGUGACGGUGAGUCCCAGCACGACGCGGCCGCCGCGACGCCGCGCACCGCCGCCGCCCGCGCAGCCAUCGCGGAUCGACUCGCCACGACCCACCAGAGCCGCACCCGAACCACCAGGAACCAAUGGUGAUCGUUCGCUAAUCGAAAGGCAAAAGGAGCGUUUGAAUCGGUUAGCGACGGCUCUGAAUCAGGAGAAAGGCCGUCUGGCGCAGCUGACGAAGGAGACGAACAUCCUGGCGGGCCCGCCGCCCACGCCGGCCGCCGCACAGCGCCUGCGCGAGUACGUGGAGCGCCUGCGAGACCAGUGCGACACGCUCGCCAAGCGGCUCGAGAUGGGCACCACCGAAUCUGACGAAUCCAGAAAUUUCUACAGCAACAUAUACACGGGCCAGCGGCCGUCCUCCUCCUGGCAAUGCCACAUGUGUACGUUCAGGAACCAUCCCCUCCUCGACAAGUGUGAGGAGUGCGACAUGCCCAGGAUACUCGUAGGUACGCCCUCCCACAGGACCAACGACUCGGGCUUCGGCUCGUUCCGGGACCGAUCCGGACGGCGGGAGUGCCAGCCCGACACAAACCUCACCCAGUCCGAUAACGGCUCUGCCAAUUACGAACAAUGCCUGCCCCUCAACGCUUGAACGUUUGAAGUGUCAAGCCGGACUGACACGAGCCUGUCAGUCCAUGCCACAACGCUUGAACGUUGAAAGUUCCUUAAAAGUGCUAAGAGUGAAACUGUGAUUUUUUCAGUGUUGAACUAACGUGAAUUUCUUGAGGCUAAUGUGAUGUGCUUAGACCUAACCCCGGCAUGUUGAUGUCGAAGUGUCGGCAUGCGAUUAACACGAAACUGUCAACAGUGUUGUGGACUCCUUGUUGGCAUUUUCAUUGUUUAAAGACUUUUUUUGUUAAAUUUAUUUUUAUAUGGACGUUCGUGUGCCGCCGGCCUAAGUGGAGUCAUUGUUUAUUAUUAAAGGUGUAUGUCCCCACGCCUGUAGCCGGCUGUACACGAUGUUCGGCAAACGAUUGUUGCAUGCGUGUUCGUAUUUUUACAUUGGAAAUAACCACUUGUGCCCUAUAUGUGUAAUGUAUAAAGAAUUACUGUCACCGUCGUCACAUUAUCUUAUUGUAGACGUGUUGAUAGCCUCUGAUAACUGAGAUAUCUAACGAAUGAUGAGCGUCCAACAAGAAAUAUGGUGCCUUCCAGGAAAUAAUUACUGAUAAAUAAUUAAAUAUUCUUUAUACACAAUGUCGAUUUUGAGCCUUAAAGUUAAGGGUAAGAAAGAAUUAGUAUUUAAAUUAUAUUAUAAUAAGGGACAAAUUACAAUGGUUGCUUACCUUUAAUGAAAUAUUUGUGUAUUUCUCGCGUUUACAUUUUAUAUUUUAAAUUAUUGAAUUUGAAUUAUUAGAUAUAUAAUAAGAUAUAUUUAUUGUUGUUAUGUAGGCGAACUGAUACAUCACUUGAUUGGUCGCAUCGUGGGGCAUCGCGAGAUCUCAAUACAUAUAGACUAUAGUGGCUUGCCAGUUGCCAGGGGGAAUAACAUUAUAGUGAAACUUUAUUGGACAAUUGCCUCGAAAUUUAUUUCAUCUUGCUCAAUAUUUCUUGCUCAGUAUAGAACAUUCAUUAAACGCACAUUAACUAGUAACAAUAUCAGUAGCGUAGCUUGCCAUUGCAGGACCCUAUAUUUAAUUUUUUGAGGGCUCUUUAAGGCAGUGCGAAAUUUUGGACGCCUACUUAGUUGAAUGUAGGUAUAAUAGGGGCCCCGUAUCGCUGACACAGCUGGCCAAUGACGGGCCCUAUAUCUAAAUUUUUUCGGCGGCUCUACAGGGCCCUGCGAACUUUUGGACGCCUGCUUAAUUUAAUGUAGAUUUGGGCCAAUAGGGGUCCUAAAGCUCGGGGGCCCCGUAUCACUGAUACGGGUGAUACAGCGGUAGCUACGCCCCUGAACAAUAUCAUAUCGAACAGGUUUAUUGCUAGCUAUAUGUCUUCGAAUUUAACUGUGAUAGGGUAAGUUUUUCCAUUUUUAGAGUUGAGAAUGGUCUUUUUAAUCAUUUUUUGUACAUAAAGUAUACAGGUAUACAUAAAUCACAUCUAGACUGGUUACAUAACAUUAAUUACAAACAAUAUGCUUCUAGUUCUAUUGGAAAUAAAUCACAAAGAAUGACUUAAUUUUAACAAUGAUCGGAAAUGUCAGGUUGGUUUUUAAUAAUGUCAAUAAAACUGUCAUAGUAGGCAAAUUAUAUUUUUGUGUGUUUAAAGUUAACUAGAAAAGACUUUUAAUAAUUAAAUAAAUUUAAUAUUAAGUAAUAAAAAAAUAUUAAAUUGAAAUUCGUUGGCACGUUGCAUUGUUAAAUUUAGUGGUUUAGAUAUAGAGUUGAAAUUGCUUCAUCACAUUAAGGUUCACUAUUAUUUAGUUAGGCAUAACGUUUAUUGUGAUUGAUGGAUUUUUGUUAUAUGUAUAUUAUGAGAAUAAAUGAGAAGUUUAUGAGAA